GGGAUGCCUAGCGAACCUGGCGAACGCUGGCGAAUAUGUCUGACAACAAUGAUGACACACUUCUAGAAGGAGAUAUAGGCGACGAUGUUGACUAUGAUUUAGGAAAUGAAGAUGAAGAUGCCUUAUUGGCAGAUGAUUAUGAUGUGCAAGGAUCAAGUCACCGUACAGUUUAUUUAGGAGAACAAGACGUAUUGGGGAGCCGAGAUGGAUAUCGCAGGGAGCCAGACGAACCCUUUGAUGAUGUGUUAGAUCUGGGUGUCACAGAAGGAGAUGAUUUGGACUCGGAGCUUCAGGAAUCCCAAGAGCCAGAGAAGCUGAGGCACAUGAAGGACUCAAACCUCCUGCAUCGUGUAGAACAGCAGCAGGGGGAGCUGAUGGGCACAGCACAUAUCUCUCAGGAGACCGGGUAUGUGGAGGGACAAGAGAUAUCAGUCACUCAAGGUGUGCCUGGGGUAGAGUCUGAGGAAGAGGAAGAAGACGCAGAAGAGUCCAGAGGCGAUCGCUUCAAGACAGAGCGCACCACCAUUGUGUCCCUGAAGACCCCAAACAAGUCUUAUGGGAACAUUCCAGAUUCAUUGGACAAUGUGUGUGUGGAAGAUGGUAAGCAGAUGGUGAGACGAGAUGGAGCUUGGAGAGGGGGUCGCAGGGGUAGGGGGGUGUUCAUAGGACGUGGUGCUGGUGGAGGUCCUCGACCACAGUUCAUUGGUAAUUUCAGUGUUCAUCCACUUCAGCAGCAACAGCAGGGGUUUGCUGGGCCUCGUUUUGGAGUAGAUGGCUUUGUGCGCCCAACUGGCCGUCCGGGUGCUAGAGGAGGCAUUUACAGUCGACCACAACUGAGCCAACAGCAGCCUCCUCACAAGAUUCUUAUCAAUCCCCACUUCAGAGGUGCUGUGCAGCCACAUCCUGAAGCGAGGCUGAUCUGGGAUCCUGAGAUGCCACCCAAUCAGACACUACAAUCGCAACCACAACCGCCGCCACCCUACCAACCUUUGGAAACUGCGUACCAGAUCACCCCACCAGGCAGUGGCUACACAGUGCAGCAGUUUCAGCCCCCACCACCACAGCAUGAUCCCCACCCAUUAGCACCACCCCUGCGUUAUGACUCACCCUCACAACAAAGAGACUACUUCCCUCCAGAGCAGUCAUAUACACAAGAGCAACCCACUGUUCCCCACUGGCAGGAUAACUGUGAUCCUUUGCAGCAGGGAGGCAGUGAUAUGUACGCACAGCCAAGUCAUGUCCCCCCGGGAAUGGAGUCUGAUAUGCGCCAUCCUAACCAUAGCAUGGGAGAGCCAAGCAUGAACUAUGGCCAGCCUGUGUAUGGCACUGGAAUGGAGCAGUAUGAGACAGUGUUGCCACAGCAGCAGCAGGGAGUGUUCCAUGAAAUGUUGCCACCCCAGCAACAUUAUCACCCUCUGCCACCGCCAGUCUCUUCAGCCAGUCACCAUAUGCCACCACCAAUGGUGAUGGAGGCAAGUGUGUGGCAUUGUGCUGCAGGGGUCAACGCUGACGAUGGUGUGCAACUCAUAUCGGCUAGCCAUCCUGUUCCAUCACAGUAUCACAGUCAGGGAAUGUAUCGGUUACCCACGCCAAGUAGUGUGUUGGGCCCGGUGAAGUUCCGUCAGCCCAGCCCGGUGCCGUACCGCCAUCCAGCAGGCCCUGGCUAUAUGAACCAGGGUGGCAGACCAUCUGCGAUGGCACCUCGGUUCCCUCCUGGCAUACAGAUGAAUGUUCCACAGCAGCUGCAGAUGAUCCGGCCCAGGCCCCAGCCCAGCAUCCCGGUGCAUCAGCAGAAAUCAAACCGAACGCCUAAAAAGCGGUCUUCAUUUGAAGCAGGUGGUGGAGGGAGUGCUCAGUUCAAACAGCUUCGGUUUGAUGCAGCCACAAAAAGGAAAAAGAGAAUGCCAGAUAUGAGCAACCUGCACGAGGUUCAAACUGUGGAUAUGCUGCCUCCUGACAUGAAUUCACAGUUGCAGCAGCCUGUGGAAGAGGAGGACGAGGAGACACGUGAGUACCGCAAGAAGAUUGAGCAGCAGAAGCUGGAACGAGAGAAGUUCCUGCAGCGGAAAGAGGAGAGACGUAAGUUGGCAGCAUUGGAGAAGCAACGAGAGUUGCAGAAGAAGGAUGUGGAUGUUAUGCCUGGAGGCGAUGGUUCCCAGUCAUUGUCAGAUCCUCCACAGGGCAACGCAAUUGCAACGAUUGUUAAUCGCAACACUGUAGAGCCACAGCCUGCGAUAUACCACCCAGUAAUUCGCCAUGUCAUGCCACAGCAACAAGCACACCAGAAACUUCAGCAGAGCACGAAGAUCCGUGCCAGCGUUCAGCAGCAACAGCAGUUCCACCAGGAUGUGCGGCCAUCACAAGCACCAGCCAUGCUUGCCUCUGUUGGGGGUGUGUGGCAGGUUAGGGGCAAGAGGGGAAGGGGCACAGUUAGAGGAUGCAGUGUUGGCAGGGGUCAGCAAGGAGUCUUGCACCAACCGCAGCUGGUGUCAGUACCGCCAUCUCAACAGGAAAUGAAGAGGGAGCCCACGGCGAAGGUUGCUGUUCCGGGGCAAAGGAUUGUCCGGGCCCCUCAGCCAGGGACUGUAGCGAAUCAGCCUCCUGUGAUGCCACGCAGACUGGUGCUCACACAGAGUGCAGGUCGCCAGGUGACACCAGUGCCUCGGCAGGUGAUGCCGCAGGCUCCGAAAGGUCGUACUGUGGUGCUUCGUGGAGCAAACAGCGGAACCAAACCAGUUCAGCAGCAGCAGCAGCAGCAGCAGCAGCAGAGGGUCGUGGCACAACAGCAAGGGGCACCAUCGCGACAAGCGGGUGGUGGCCGGUCUGUUGUGGCAACAAAGGUGAUGACCCCACAGCAGCCGGAGGCAGCAGCUCAGCAGCCGGCAGUACCCAGAACCAAGACAGUAUCAAUUGAGAAUCUGGCAGCCAGCACAACAGAGCAACAGUUGAAAUCCCUCUGUCAGGGCAUUGGGGUCCUUGAGAAUAUUCAGAUGUUGCCGAAGCAGCGAUGUGCCAUUCUCAGGUUCACCAACCCAACAUCAGCUGCUACAUUCUACAAACGCUACCAACGUAAAAUCAUUGACCUCUCAUUGAUCACUGUUUCCCUAAUCCCCCAGUAAUUCCUGUGAUCCUGCUGUGCCCUGCACAGUGCUGUCACAUUGUGAUUUACAUUGAAAUUUUUGGUCCUUAUGCGAAAUGCAUAUUGCCAUCUUCUCUUCUUGAGGGAGUAGUUUCGCAGUCUGCCAGCAGUGACUGUUGUUCUAUCUCUGCUCUGAGUGCUGCAUUUACUUGCUAUAUCUGUAUAUGUAUAUAUAGCUGUGAUGAUUUUAAAUGAAUUCUGCUGCCAGUUGAUGUCAUCCAGUCUGUGGACUGAAUCAUUAAGUGGGAUUUGGUCCACACCCCUGCUGUACGUUCCAGGGUCUAAUCUCUUCUGCCAUUAUUCGCUGUUAUCGGGAUGUCUCUUACCGAGCAGUGAAUUCUACGUUCCACCUCUUUUAGUUAGUGCCCAAAGAUGUGAAGCUCCUCAUAAUAAAGUAUCUCAUGAUUUGAAUGAUGUACUGUCACAUAAAAAGAACUGACUCUGUUCUGUUGAUAGUCUUUUAUUUUGUGCUGUACUCAUUUGAGGUUCUUGGCUGUCAGCGAGUGAAACAAAGCUUUGAAUCUUCAUGUAAAUUCCUGUGUUUUCCAUAAUGUUGUAUAGUCAAGUCGCAACCCAUUUGAAUUAGUCACAAAUCAGUUGUAUAAGGAGUGGGUAUGUUUGAAAAUUCUGAGCAGUCAGUGAGUUGCCCAUGUUCCUGUCAUGACAUAUUGGGCCAAAUGCAGGGAUCUUAUAAGUCAGAUGACUGUCUGAGUGUAAAAUAGCAACAGUUGUUCAUAUUUCGAAUGGAGGAUCAUCACACGAGCAGAGGCAUGGCAUGGUACAAGUACCAAUGAAGAAUAACAUGGGUUCUGAAGGAAGGAAUGAACGAGAUUAGAAAGAGUGUUAUUGUUCAGAUCACAAAGUUUCUGACAGGGGAACAGAGAACUGAUGAAAAGAACGUUUAACUUACCUUUUGAUGUAUAUUGCUUUUACUUUUUUGACUCUUUCACUUGGUUUUAUUAUUUCUAUUAUAUGAAGAACAGGACUGAAUAUCCCACACAACAUUUGUACGAUGAAUGUGUUGAUGCUGCUAUGUAUGGUCUUCUCUUUACUCCAGAGAAUUAUAUCAGUAUGUUCUGAUGUCUUUA